ACACUGACUUUCCAAGCAGCUGCUGAAGGAGGACAAGAGAAAAGCCUAAAAAAAAGAAUGCCCACUUGUUUUUUGAAAAGUUGCAGUUCAAAUCACGGAACUAAGAAUGUUAAACUUCAUUCAUUUCCACGCAAUCGUGAAAGAAUUAGACAAUGGCUUGAAAAAAUAAAAAUACCAAAUGAUGAAUUAGACUCAUUGGUUGAAACCAUUUCUAUAAGUAAAUUCUCCAAAUUCAAAAUUUGUUCGAAACAUUUUUCUGAAGAAGAUUUCCAAGAAAAAGGUGCUAAAAGACAUCUGAAGAAAACCGCUUAUCCUUCUCUAAUAUUCGAAAAACAACCAUUAAAAUGGAAUCUUCAGUUGGAACACAAUUAUUCAAAAGAAAGACGAACCGUAACUGAUACAUCUUCUGAAUGUUGUUCAUAUAUCGUAGAUAACAACUAUGCAUCCGCUCAGACAUCAACAGAAUCUAUUCAUGAACUACAAAAUAAGUCUAGUUGUUCAUCAAAUGCAGUUGGUGACGUACAGAUGGUAAUGUUUGAUUAUCUGGACUCCAGCUUGCAUGACAGUGAAAUUUGCACCUCUGUCGAUAAUGAACCUAUGGAUCACAUCGAUGUAUCAGCUAAUGAACUGGGAAUAGAAAAUACCGUAAAUUUGAACUCUAAAUCAAAAAAAAAAAAGAAAACACCAAGAUAUCAAAUUCUUCAUCGUGGGAUCCAAUGCAACCUUAAAAAUAAAGGAAAACCAAAGAGGAUCCAGGCAUGCAUACCUCUAUCUACAAUCUCUGUUGCUAUCCAGUGCUCUUUGGUCGAAUUGCCAGAAUUGACUCUACUGCCAACUUCACAAUGUUCUAAUUUUGAUGUUUUGGAAUUACAACCGAGUGACGAUGAGAUCUUGCAAUCAUCAUUUUCGGAAAAAUUUAUAUCACAAGCUAGAAGUGAUGAUUUAGUUCUCGGAUUAUCACCAAUAAAAAGCAAUGAACCUGAAACAAUGAUUUUACCUGAGAUUCAAAACAGUGAUUUGGACAUUUCAAUUACUCCUCAAAAAAAAAAAAAAGACAAAGACCAUUCUUAUCGUCCUUCACAAGAAGAGGAGGAAGACAUGUUUUCAGACGAAUCAAAUGAAGAUCAUAGAAGUUUAGAUUUACAGGAAAAAGAUGUUUCAUAUUUAGGUGUCUACAAUGUUAACGAUGCGGCCAAUGUGGCAAAUGAAAACAAAUUUUUGGUGUUUGAGCAAUGCCUUGAUCUAUUAUUGCUUCAAUCAAAAUGCUUGAAAAUUCAGAAUUGUCCUGGGAGGAUAAUCGGUCUUAAAAAAUUAGUUCAAGGCUCGGCUUUAAUUGUUUAUGCGGAGUGCAGUCAACAACAUAAAUUUAAAUUGUGGACAAGCCAACCCUUUAUUGGAAAAAUGCCAGUUGGAAACUUGCUUAUUUCCUCAGCAAUAGUGUGUAGUGGUUCAAAUUUUUUAAAAGUGAAGAAUUUUUUUUCGUUACUACAAAUGCAUGGUAUUUCCUCCACCACACAUUACAAAAAUCAACAAAAUUACAUUUUUCCAACUAUCCAACAUCAUUGGUUAAAUGAAAGAACAAAGAACAUCCAAAUAAUAGCGGAGAACACUGUUGCAUUGAUUGGUGAUGGUCAAUGUGAUUCACCUGGCUUCAAUGCAAAGUACUGCACCUACACAUUAAUGGAUGCAGAAACAGAUAAAAUUAUUGAUUUUCAAGUAGAACAAUUGCAAGCUGGUCGUACAUCGGUUUCCCUUGAAAAAUUAGCGUUUGUUAAGGCCUUGGACCGUGUCUUAAGUGAUCAUGUUAAAGUAAAAGUCAUAGCAACGGACAGACAUGUAUCCAUCCGAAAAAUAAUAAGAGAGAAAUACCCAGAAAUUAGUCAUGAAUUUGACGUAUGGCAUAUGGCAAAAUCGAUUGGAGCUAAACUACUGGCCGCAAGUAAAAAAAGUACCGGUAAGAAACUUGCUGGCUGGGUUCCUUUAGCAAAAAAUCAUUUGUGGUGGUCAUCCAGUACUUGCCAGCAGAAUACUAUUCUACUGAAAGAAAAAUGGAUUUCUAUGACUUAUCAUGCAUCAAAUUUACAUGAAUGGCAAGGAAAUUCCUUAUACCAUCAAUGUUCACAUACACCGAUACCUACUAAUGAAGAAAAAGAGUAUGAGUGGCUUACACCAGGAUCUACAGAUCACCAUAAAUUAAAAUCAAUAAUUCAAGACCAAAGAUUGCUAAAAGACCUUGAACAUCUUUCUGGAUUUUACCAUACUGGAGAGCUGGAAGUAUUUCAUAGCAUGGUGUUGAAGUAUAGAUCAAAACGACAUCACUUCUCGAUGGACGGUAUGGUAUCAAGAACACAACUUGCUGCCCUCGACCACAAUCACAACACAAAUCGCUUACAAGCAAUUGUUCAAAAACCGAAAAAAAAUACCGAAGAGAAGGGAGCUUUACGUUUUCGUUAUGGUUUUCGGAAGGCCAAAAAAGAUUGGAAUGUUGGAAAAAUUUAUGAACCAACCAGUCAAGCUUUCAUGAUAGAAAUCAUCUGUGAUGUUGUUGACUAUGCUGCCGGAAAAAAAGCCUUUGCUUGGCAUUCUCGAAAAGUAACAGAUUUAGAAAACAUUGCAGCCUUUCCACGUCCUGAAAAACAAGAACUGCAAUGUAAAUAUCUAUCUCGUUUUAAAUAA